AAUAAGUUUUUAAGUAAAUAAAUGAAUAAGUGAUUAUAAAAUGUUAUGUAUUAAUACUAUGAAGAAAAUGAGUAAAGCCUAUGUUAGAAACUGUCAGGGGACUGUAUAGAUCCAGUGGUCAGGGAAGACCUGGGAGUUUACAUUUAAGCUGAAACUAGAAAUCGAGAAGGAGCCAGCCAGUGGGGACAGUGUUCCUGAUAGAGGGAGUAGCCUGUGCCAGGCCAUAGGAGGGCAAGUCUUAGCGUAGUCAAGCAACUGAAAGGUCAGUGUGGCUGUAUUGGAGUGAGGAGGAAUGGAGAAAGGUAAUGUUGGAAAGCAGGUAAGCAGGGUCCAUGUUGCUCAAGAUCUUAAAGACCAAGAGGGAGUUCAGGUUUUAUUCCUGUUACAGUAUGGUGCUGUUGAAGACUUUAAAGCAGGGAGUAAGCCAAUCUAAUUUACAUUUUUAAAAGGUAUGUAUCAGAAAGGUUAGAGGGAGACAAGGGUAGGAACAGAGAGAACAGUUGUGAAGCUAUUCCAGUAGUUUAGGCAAGAGAUGAUAAUAUUAGGAGAGAUGGGGAAAAAUGAACACAUUCAAGAUAUAUUUUGGAGAGAGACUCAGUGGGACUUGCUGGUGGAUUAGAAGUAGAAGAGGAAGGGACAGGAAUCAAGAUUUCUGGCUUGAGAGCUGUAUAUUGUGUUAUUUACUGAGAUUUACAAAAUCAGAUGGAAUGUUUUAGGGGAAAGUCAAGAGUUAAACUUUGGUCAUAUUAAGUCUGAGAUGCUUUGAGGCACCACCCAAGAGGAAAUGUCAAGUAAGUAGUUGGAUAUAGGAGAGCUGGAGUCCCAGGGAAAGUUCCCAGCUACAGAUACAAAUGUGGACAUUUUCACUGUAAGGACAGUAAUUAAAACCAUGGAAAUGGAUGUUGUCAGAUGAGGAAAAAGGAAAGGAAAGGAGGCUUGAUAUUAAGUUCUGAACUACUAUUAACAUUUAGGGAGGUAGGAUCAGAGGAGUGUGAAGGAGAAAAGAAGUAAGAGGAGCCAAAAACAGAGAAGGAAAACCAGGAGAGGGAGGUGCCAUAGAAGUCACUGUAGCCCCCGCCAGUGCUUAGAACAGUGGCUGGCCAGGGCUAGUGUUCAGUAAUUACUGGUUGAAUGAAAUCAAGAGGAGAUCAUUUCAAGAAGGAGAGAAUGAUUAGCUGAAUUUAGUGCUACUGAAAGGCUCAGUAAGAUGAGAGCAUGAACUGCUCAUUGGAUUUUCAACGUGGAUAUUGCUAGUGAUGGAGGCAGAAGUUAUGUUGGAAAGGAUUGAAUAAAGCUUGCAUGGGAGGUGAGAAAGUAGGUAUAGCAGAUUUUUAACCCUUUGACAAAGUUUGGCUGUGAAGGGAGCAGAGAAGUAGAGUAGUAGCUGAAGUGUGAUAUGGAGUCAAAGAGGAAUUUUUGUUUAUUCUUUUAAGAGUGGAUAUACUAGAGCUCUUAAGUGUAUGCAGAUGAGAAUGAUACAGAAAAGAGUAAGUGAUGGUUGAUGGAGGAAAAGGGGGAUAAUUGCAAGAUUGGAGUUUAUGAGUAAGAGAGAGGGGUUGGGAUCAGGGACAUAAAUGUUCAGAAAGAGAAGGGUCACUUCUGUUGAAAGAGGAAAAGAAGGAAAAAUGGAUUCGGAUUCAGGUAGGUUUAUCCAACUGGUCAUGAGAAGGUAACAAUCACCAGUUGUAUCAUGGCUUUUUCGUUCUAAAUGAAGACUCAUGGACAUUAGCUAAAAGGCAGGGGAAGGUGUUAGAGGAAGAGAAAAUGGGCAGAAAUAGCCGCCUUCAAGAGGGAGGGGAUGAUUGGAAAGCCAGCUUGGUAGAGAAAUCUAGUAAGACUGUGAGUUAAGAUUUAGUGCCCAUUGGUGACCUUGAGUUUAUGGUGAACCUGUUGAAUUGAAUGCUUUUUAAUCAAUAUUCUUGGUGUGGAGAAGGCAGUUUUUUUGGAUUUGGGGAUUGUGGAGUUUGGGAGAGAAGACGACCUGGGAAGAGAGUUGAGGGUUCUUGCAAGGGCGUGAUCAUAAUGAUUAACUAUGAGAUCUAAACUAAAGAGAAAAAUUAAGUCAGCAGAGGGAAAAUGGGGGCAAAGGAUAGAAAGUUUCAUGGCAAUUGAAAACUUCUUUUUAUGGGAUGCUUGAGCAAAUGAGCUAGAAGUAUCAAAUAGUGGAUUGCGUUUGGAGGUGAUGCAAGAUGGAUUGAGUUUGGUGUGAUGGUGGGAGAGCGUGGGUGAGGCAGAGUGAAAGAAAAGUCCUUGAAGCUGCUGAGCAGUUUCCAGAGCUGCGAGCCCAGGGUGUUUGGCUGUGUUACCCAUCUGGAUGUUAAAGUUAUGUUGAGUGUGGUGACUAAUUGUGCUGGAGAGUUUAACACUGAGCCAGAUGUGCUCAAAUAUCGGAUGGUGAUAAGUGUUCUGCAAAGAAUUAAAUUUAGGUUCUGGGACAGAAAGGGGAUAGAUGACUUUUUCAGACUGGACAGCCAGGGUAAGCCUCUCUGAGGAAGUGAUUUAUUUUCAGAUCUGAAGGAUAAGAUGAUGAGUGGGGAAAAUAAUCUAGGCUGAGGGAACAGCUAGUACCAAGGCUCUAAAGUGGGUACAAAUCCCUCACUUUUGAGGAAAAGAAAGGAGGCCAGGAAGGCUGGAGUUUAUUGAGCCAGGAAAGGGUGAAAUGAAAUGAGGCUAGAGCUAGAUGAUGAAGCGUUUUGAAAGUCAUGGUCGGGAGUUUGGUGCAUGUAUGUUUUUCUAAGUGCCACAGGGUGUUAGCCAGCCUCCAAGAUAGCCCAGAUGAUUUCACCUCCUGGUAUUCAUGCCUUUGCGUAGUCCUCUCUCACGCUGAGUAGGGCUGACCUGUGUAGCCUGUGGGCUAUUGCAGCAGUGGUGGUUUGUGAUUUCUGAUGCUAGGUCAUAAAGGACAUUGCAGCUUCUGCUGCCCUCUCUUAGACCACUCACUCUGAGGGAAGCCAGCCUGUCGCGUUGUGAGGACAUUGAAGUAGCCCGUGGAAAGGCUCACAUGGAGAGGAACUGAGGCCUCCAGCUAACAACCACCAUCUGAGGUCGCCACCUCGGAAGCAGAUCCUCCAGCCCCAGACAGACCUUCAGAUGACUGCAGCCCCUCGUGCAUAUGAUUUUGGUUUUUUGCACUGAAUGUAACCUAGAUUCAUCCGUACGGGCUUGUGUUGCCCCAGGAUACUGUCAAAGGCAAUAUUUGUGAGUUUCUGCAGAGUUUUGCACAGUCUGUUCCCAUGCAAACCAAUGAGGGAGAAGUAUCGGAAGAAAGCAGUUCCAAGGUGGAACAGGAGGAUUUUGUAAUGGAAGGGCAUGGCAAGACUCCACCUCCUGGUGAAGAAAGCAAACAAGAGAAGGAGCAAGAAAGGGAAGAACAGUUAAUGGAAGACAAGAAAAGGAAGAAAGAGGAUAAAAAGAAAAAAGAAGCCACUCAGAAGGUCACGGAACAAAAAACCAAAGUGCCCGAAGUGACGAAACCAAGUUUAAGCCAACCAACGGCCGCCAGCCCAAUUGGCAGCUCUCCAUCGCCACCAGUCAAUGGUGGCAACAAUGCCAAAAGGGUGGCAGUGCCGAACGGACAACCGCCAAGCGCCGCCCGCUACAUGCCUCGGGAGGUGCCGCCGCGAUUCCGUUGCCAGCAGGACCACAAAGUGUUACUGAAACGUGGGCAGCCCCCUCCGCCGUCCUGCAUGCUCCUCGGGGGUGGGGCAGGGCCUCCUCCCUGCACAGCACCCGGAGCAAACCCAAACAACGCACAAGUGACAGGAACGCUGCUGCAGAGUGAGAGUGGGACUGCACCAGAGUCAACCCUUGGAGGUGCUGCUGCUUCAAAUUAUGCAAAUUCCACUUGGGGCCCGGGAGCCUCCUCCAACAACGGCACCUCCCCCAACCCAAUUCACAUCUGGGACAAGGUGAUUGUAGACGGGUCUGACAUGGAAGAGUGGCCUUGUAUUGCCAGCAAAGACACUGAAUCUUCUUCCGAAAACACCACCGAUAACAACAGUGCCUCGAACCCUGGCUCUGAGAAGAGCACUCUGCCAGGAAGCACCACUAGUAACAAAGGAAAAGGGAGCCAGUGCCAGUCUGCAAGUUCUGGGAACGAAUGUAAUCUUGGGGUCUGGAAAUCUGACCCUAAGGCUAAAUCUGUUCAAUCUUCCAACUCUACUACAGAGAGCAACAAUGGACUAGGAAAUUGGAGGAAUGUGAGUGGUCAAGAUAGAAUUGGACCUGGCUCUGGCUUCAGCAACUUUAACCCAAAUAGCAACCCAUCUGCCUGGCCAGCACUGGUCCAAGAAGGAACUUCUAGGAAAGGAGCAUUGGAAGCAGAUAAUAGUAAUUCCAGUGCACAGGUUAGCACAGUAGGUCAGACAUCCAGGGAACAACAGUCAAAGAUGGAAAAUGCGGGUGUUAAUUUUGUUGUCUCUGGCAGAGAACAGGCUCAAAUUCAUAACACUGAUGGACCAAAAAAUGGAAACACUAACUCCUUGAACUUAAGUUCACCAAACCCCGUGGAGAAUAAGGGAAUGCCCUUUGGAAUGGGCUUGGGGAACACCUCCAGGAGCACUGAUGCCCCUUCACAAAGCACUGGAGAUCGAAAGACUGGGAGUGUUGGAUCUUGGGGUGCAGCUAGGGGGCCUUCUGGAACUGACACAGUCUCUGGACAAAGCAAUUCUGGAAACAAUGGGAACAAUGGAAAAGAAAGAGAGGACUCCUGGAAAGGAGCUUCUGUUCAGAAAUCAGCUGGGUCAAAAAAUGACUCUUGGGACAACAAUAACAGGUCUACGGGUGGGUCCUGGAACUUUGGCCCUCAGGACUCUAAUGACAACAAAUGGGGUGAAGGGAACAAAAUGACAUCUGGGGUCUCUCAGGGAGAAUGGAAACAGCCGACUGGGUCUGAUGAGUUGAAAAUUGGAGAAUGGAGUGGUCCAAACCAACCAAAUUCUAGCACUGGAGCAUGGGACAAUCAAAAGGGCCACCCCCUCCCUGAAAACCAAGGUAAUGCCCAGGCUCCCUGUUGGGGAAGAUCUUCCAGCUCCACAGGAAGUGAAGUUGGAGGUCAAAGCACUGGAAGCAACCACAAGGCAGGAAGUAGUGACAGUCAUAAUUCUGGCCGUCGUUCGUACAGGCCCACACAUCCUGAUUGUCAGGCUGUCUUGCAGACUCUUUUGAGCCGAACUGAUUUGGACCCCAGGGUGCUCUCGAACACUGGCUGGGGCCAAACUCAAAUUAAGCAGGACACGGUGUGGGAUAUUGAAGAGGUGCCAAGGCCUGAGGGGAAAUCUGACAAAGGAACUGAGGGGUGGGAGAGCGCUGCCACACAGACCAAGAACUCAGGGGGCUGGGGAGACGCACCCAGCCAAAGCAAUCAAAUGAAGUCUGGAUGGGGGGAGCUCUCAGCCUCUACAGAGUGGAAAGACCCCAAGAACACAGGAAGCUGGAAUGACUAUAAGAACAACAACUCUUCCAACUGGGGAGGAGGACGACCAGAUGAAAAGACAUCUUCCUCUUGGAAUGAGAACCCCGGCAAGGAUCAGGGGUGGGGAGGUGGGCGCCAACCCAAUCAAGGUUGGACUUCUGGAAAGAAUGGUUGGGGAGAGGAAGUUGAUCAAGCAAAAAACAGCAAUUGGGAAGGUUCUGCAAGUAAACCUGUGUCUGGGUGGGGUGAAGGAGGACAGAAUGAAAUCGGAACUUGGGGUAAUGGUGGGAAUGCAAGCCUAGCUUCAAAAGGUGGGUGGGAAGAUUGCAAAAGAUCCCCAGCAUGGAAUGAGACAGGCAGACAGCCCAAUUCCUGGAAUAAACAACACCAACAGCAGCAGCAGCCACCGCCGCCACAGCCACCACAGCCAGAGGCUUCUGGCUCAUGGGGAGGCCCACCCCCACCACCUCCAGGCAACGUUCGACCUUCCAAUUCCAACUGGAGCAGCGGCCCACAGCCCACAACCCCUAAGGAUGAGGAACCCAGUGGUUGGGAAGAGCCAUCCCCACAGUCAAUUAGUCGAAAAAUGGACAUUGAUGAUGGCACUUCAGCGUGGGGAGACCCUAACAGUUAUAACUACAAGAAUGUGAAUCUGUGGGAUAAGAAUUCCCAAGGGGGCCCAGCACCUCGUGAACCAAACCUGCCCACCCCGAUGACCGGGAAAUCAGCAUCAGUCUGGAGCAAAAGCACACCACCUGCUCCAGAUAAUGGUACUGCAGCUUGGGGUGAGCCAAGUGAAAGCACUCCUGGGUGGGGCGAAAUGGAUGAUACAGGAGCAGCGACCACAGGCUGGGGGAACGCACCCACCAACGCUCCCAAUGCCAUGAAACCUAAUUCCAAAUCUAUGCAAGACGGCUGGGGGGAGAGUGAUGGGCCAGUCACAGGAACUCGCCAUCCCAGCUGGGAAGAGGAGGAUGACGGAGGAGUCUGGAACACCGCCGGCUCUCAGGGAAGUGCUUCCUCCCACAACUCAGCAAGCUGGGGACAAGGAGGGAAGAAACAAAUGAAGUGCUCACUAAAAGGAGGAAACAAUGAUUCAUGGAUGAAUCCUCUUGCCAAACAGUUUUCAAAUAUGGGAUUGCUGAGUCAAACUGAAGAUAAUCCAAGCAGCAAAAUGGAUUUGUCUGUAGGAAGCCUUUCAGAUAAAAAAUUUGAUGUGGACAAGCGAGCAAUGAAUCUCGGGGAUUUUAAUGAUAUCAUGAGGAAGGAUCGAUCUGGGUUCCGUCCACCUAAUUCCAAAGACAUGGGAACCACAGAUAGUGGGCCUUAUUUUGAGAAGCUGACUUUGCCUUUCUCCAAUCAAGAUGGGUGCCUUGGGGAUGAGGCUCCCUGCUCUCCCUUCUCCCCUUCUCCCAGCUACAAGCUGUCUCCCUCUGGUUCCACACUACCCAACGUCAGCCUUGGAGCAAUCGGCACAGGGCUCAACCCCCAAAACUUCGCUGCUAGACAAGGUGGUAAUCAUGGUUUGUUUGGAAAUAGCACAGCACAAUCGAGAGGUCUGCACACACCAGUGCAGCCACUAAAUUCUUCUCCUAGUCUCCGGGCACAAGUGCCUCCCCAGUUUAUUUCCCCCCAGGUUUCUGCCUCAAUGCUCAAGCAGUUUCCCAACAGUGGCCUGAGUCCAGGUCUUUUCAACGUGGGGCCCCAGUUAUCGCCUCAACAAAUUGCCAUGCUGAGCCAGCUCCCACAGAUUCCCCAGUUUCAGUUGGCAUGUCAGCUUCUCUUGCAGCAGCAGCAGCAGCAGCAGCAGUUGUUACAAAACCAGAGAAAGAUUUCUCAAGCUGUGCGCCAACAGCAAGAGCAGCAGCUGGCGCGGAUGGUGAGUGCACUCCAGCAGCAGCAGCAGCAGCAGCAGCAGCAGAGGCAGCCCAGCAUGAAGCAUUCGCCGUCUCAUCCUGUCGGGCCCAAGCCACAUCUGGACAACAUGGUGCCCAACGCGCUGAAUGUGGGGCUCCCAGACCUUCAAACCAAAGGGCCAAUACCUGGAUAUGGUUCUGGCUUCAGCUCUGGCGGCAUGGACUAUAGCAUGGUUGGCGGGAAGGAGGCUGGAACAGAGUCUCGCUUUAAACAGUGGACCUCCAUGAUGGAGGGACUGCCCUCCGUAGCCACACAGGAAGCCAAUAUGCACAAAAACGGCGCUAUAGUGGCCCCUGGUAAGACCCGGGGAGGGUCACCAUACAACCAGUUUGAUAUCAUCCCAGGGGACACACUGGGUGGCCAUACGGGUCCUGCUGGUGAUAGCUGGUUACCUGCCAAAUCUCCACCGACAAAUAAAAUCGGAAGUAAAUCCAGCAAUGCCAGUUGGCCUCCAGAAUUCCAACCAGGAGUGCCAUGGAAAGGUAUCCAAAAUAUUGACCCUGAAUCCGACCCCUAUGUCACCCCAGGAAGUGUGCUGGGGGGCACAGCCACAUCUCCCAUUGUCGAUACUGACCACCAGCUGCUGCGGGAGAACACCACAGGGUCUAAUUCUUCCCUCAACACCUCGCUGCCUUCACCUGGUGCCUGGCCCUACAGUGCCUCUGACAACUCCUUUACCAACGUUCAUAGCACUUCAGCAAAGUUCCCUGAUUACAAAUCAACAUGGUCCCCAGAUCCCAUAGGACACAACCCCACUCAUCUCUCCAACAAGAUGUGGAAAAACCAUAUCUCCUCCAGGAACACUACACCGCUGCCCCGCCCACCUCCCGGUCUGACCAACCCCAAACCAUCAUCUCCCUGGAGCAGCACAGCACCCCGAUCAGUCAGGGGGUGGGGGACACAGGACUCACGGCUUGCCUCAGCCUCUACCUGGAGUGAUGGUGGUUCGGUUCGUCCUAGUUACUGGCUAGUUCUUCACAAUCUCACUCCGCAGAUUGAUGGGUCAACCUUGAGAACGAUCUGCAUGCAGCAUGGCCCACUGCUGACAUUCCAUCUGAAUCUAACCCAGGGCACUGCCCUGAUUCGAUACAGCACCAAACAGGAGGCAGCCAAGGCCCAAACUGCACUGCACAUGUGUGUGUUGGGAAACACUACCAUCCUGGCUGAGUUUGCCACCGAUGAUGAAGUCAGCCGCUUUCUGGCACAAGCUCAGCCCCCUACACCUGCAGCAACCCCGAGCGCGCCAGCUGCAGGGUGGCAAUCGCUGGAGACCGGCCAGAACCAGUCAGAUCCCGUCGGACCUGCUCUGAAUCUUUUCGGUGGGUCCACUGGGCUCGGGCAGUGGAGCAGCAGUGCUGGUGGCAGCAGCGGGGCCGAUCUUGCCAGCGCUUCGUUGUGGGGGCCCCCAAACUAUUCUUCUAGCUUGUGGGGAGUCCCGGCGGUGGAAGAUCCCCACAGGAUGGGCAGCCCUGCUCCUUUACUACCUGGUGACCUUCUGGGAGGAGGGUCGGAUUCAAUCUGAACUUAGAACUUUCAACUCUGACCUCGUGACCUUUUUUGGAACAGCAGCAGCACUAACUUGACCUUUUCGUUUUUUUUUUCAACUUGCAAUAAAUACAUUUUUAAAAGGAAAAAAGAAAACGGAGAGAGAAAAAAAGGUGGGUCAUUGACAGACUGUCUGAGCACAUAGUUGCCUCCCUUAUAACUUCAGUUUUUUCGUUUGGAAUAUGAAUCCAAAAAGAGAACAUAUCACUCUUGAAAUACUUGAAUCAUGAACGCCAACCUAGAAAGACAAUGUGAAGCAAGUACACAUACCAUUUAAAUUUAAACACAAAAAAAUUAAAAAAAUUAGUUUCUAGUUUUUCA